AUUGGAGUCGAGCUCCGUCUCAUCACGCAGUGAGUCGGUUAAAAUUGUAAAAUUUACCCAAAUUAUAACGACAUUCGAGACCGAUGUUAUCCUCGUGGAAAAUUUGUUGUGCGUGCAUACCACAGCGAUGGAUACUGGCAGUGAUGACGUGUUUUGCGAUUAUGAAUGGAUAUACGAUGAGGAUUUGUCUGUCUAUCGCAAUCACGGAGAUGGUCACCGCCACGAAUCAAUCGUCGAGUCAUACCAGUUCAGACGAAGUUUGCCCAGCAACUGAGUUGUCAACAUCCUCGACUGGAAGUAGUGGCGGUGCACACGAAUGGACAGAAUACACACAGGGAAUCAUCUUAUCGAGUUUCUACUGGGGGCAUGUAAUCAGUCAACUUCCGUGUGGAAUGUUGGCUGAUAAGUUUGGAGGAAAGCAUGUCUUGGGUUUUGGCAUCUUAUCGACGGCGAUAUUCACUCUGUUGACACCAGUGGUUGUCGAGGCUUUCGACGCACCGGGAUUAGUAGUCCUUCGGUUUCUGAUUGGGAUGGGUGAAGGAAUGGUUCUACCCGCUGUAAAUGUCCUCUUAGCUCAUUGGGCUCCACCCGAAGAGAGAAGUAUGAUGGGAGCUUUAGCAAUGGCAGGAAUGAAGGUGGGAACAAUGCUCGGUAAUGGGCUAUCCGGAGUGUUCAUACAAAAUUCAUCGAUUGGCUGGCCGAUAGUCUUCUACGUUUUCGGUAGCGUGAGUGUAGUCUGGUUUCUUGCCUGGAUUUUUCUCUGCUACAACAAUCCAGAUGACCAUCCGUUCAUUUCUGACGAGGAAAGGAAACGCCUGGGCGAAACGAUGCGUGAGCACAUGCACAAGGAUGUUGGACCGAUACCCUGGAGGCACAUUGUGACCUCGGUACCACUGUGGGCUCUUCUGGUUGCUAAAGCAGGCUGGAUGUGGGGUUACUACACGAUGCUAACCGACCUUCCGAAGUACAUGAGCAGCGUACUGAAAUUCUCCGUACAAUCGAACGGAUUACUGUCCGCUCUGCCGUACCUUGUACUUUUCUUGGUCAGUAUUUCUUCAUCCUGGCUCGCAGACUGGCUGAUAAAAACGGAGAGACUCUCGAGGACGAAUGUCCGAAAAAUAUUCGCGUCAUUCGCUUUAGCGACCUCGGCAGUAUGCAUAAUCGCCGCCUCGUACGCAGGCUGCGACCGCAUCGUCGUCACAAUCCUCUUUACAAUCGGGGUAGGCAUGAUGGGUCCUAUAUUCUGCAGCGUGAUGGUCAACGCCCUUGACCUCAGCCCAAACUACUCUGGCACCCUGAUGGGGAUCACUAACGGCGUUGCAGCUAUCGUCGGGGUCGUGGCUCCGUAUGCGGUCGGCAUUCUAACGCCAAAUCAGACGUUCUCCGAGUGGAGAAUCGUGUUCUGGAUCACAUUUAUAGCCAACUUUGUAGCGGUAUUUAUUUACGAUUUGUGGGCCAGCGGUGAGGUCCAGUACUGGAAUGAUCCUGACUUUCGGAAACGUCAACAGACCGCUACUCAAGUUCAACGAGUCAGUACAGAUACCAUCUGAUGUGGAUGAUCCACCUUGUAAUUUCCAUCUUCUUUUAUUAAACUGUUCAACCCGUUAGGUUUUUCUAUUUUUUCUUAUACACCUUAUUUUUAAUCAUUCAACCGAUCAUACGAAUAUGUAUUCUAUUUUUAACUCAUCGGUUUACUUUAAGAUUUAACAGAUGUGCAUCUUGUACAAAUAAAGUAAUAAUUGCCGACGAUGAUAAGUUAAUGUUUUGUUCGUCAAGUGAAAAAUUUGAAAAUGAUAUCUUAUUCACACAGACCGUAUACCAUACGAGGAAGUUAUGUCCAAAGAUAAAAGAUACCAGAAUCAUUCCGGCGACUGCGAAGAGUGUAACAAACAUCAGAUCUCAGUUAGCAGUUAAUUAUUUAUCUUUUCAUUUACUUUUUCAAUCUUGUCUUUCUUCAAUAAAUUAUCGAGUGUGAGUUUCCAGU